AUGGACACCACCUUUGUUGUGGACUAUGGAUCCCACACGGUGAAGCACACAUGCUUUUCCAAAUCUGACAAAUCUUCGGCGUUCGAUGUUAGCCCCAACGAGGUGCCUAGCCGUGCGUACGUCGACGACACCCUAGACGUGGCCCUCCUAGGUAAGCAUCUUGCGGAACUUCUUUCCGACGCCUGCCCCGAAGACUCUGGACUGACGCUUGCAUUGCUGGUCGACGCCCUGCUCCCGCAGUGGAAGCGGGAGCUUGUGCUUAAGUGCUGCAUCGAGCAUCUGGACGCAAAGCAGGUGUUUCUGGGAAAUGUGGCAGCCACCGCUCUCUUUUCGGUCGCGGAGACAACGGGCAUCGGCGUUGACAUUGGGUACCGUGGCGUGCGCAUCGUCCCAGUAGUAAACGGCGUCGCACGCACGUCUCUCUGCGCCGAUGUGCCGUUGGUAGGGGCGCGGCAAACGGACAAUGUGUUGCGCCGCCACAUCCCGCAGGCGGAAGAGGCGCUCCUUCAGAUGCUGAAGGCGACUGCCUGUUUCAUUGGUGACGAGGCACCGGCGUUACCGCAGCAACUGAUGUUGCCCGACGGAAGCAGUCUGCCUUUUCCGCUUAGCACUUCCACAUGCCGGGAGGCGGGCGAGGCGUUGCUGUUUCAUGCUCCUCACAUUCGCGCCCCGGACGUGCUUCAGCACACGUACCAGAAGUGUCUACUUGAGCUGCCUUCUUUGAAGCACUGGGUGCUCUUUGGUGGCGCUUCGUCUAUCACAGGGACACGGGAGGCGCUUCGUGGCGCAAUGAACCGUGUCGUGGCGCCCUUGCAGGGUGCCACUCCUCCGCAGCUACUGCAUGUGAAGUCGCCAAUGCAGGCGGCACUCUCAGGUGGCGUUAUUGUCUCACAGCUGAGCAGUUUUAAGAGCAUGUGCGUCAGCGCAGCGGAGUACGCCGAAGAGGGACCUCACCGUUGUAUUCAUCUCAAGACAGUCGACGAGAGGUGA